CAGAUGGCCCUCAAAAUGAUCAUAUCUAUGACUCCAGUACCAAAGGUGUUUCAUCCAGAGAUGUUAUUAGGUAGGAUCCCAGAUCCUUCAGUCGCUGUCGUAAGUCAAACUGGUUCCCAGGUGCUGAACGAAAUAGCAGAAAUUCACAAUUUCAGGUACACCUACACUGUAGUCGAUCGAUGGAUUGGUGACUAUAAUCGGAAUCAUUCAUAUGUAAUAACAAACGGUCUUUACUUCAGGGAACACGACAUAACACCAGUUCUGCGAUUAUUACCAUCUCAUUUUUCAAGAUUUGACGUGGUUUUCCCCACUGUUACACUUAUCGAAACAAGAUACUACUACAGAAUCCCGUCUUAUGGCAUUGGAAAGUUCGAAAAUCAAUUCUUACAACCACUGUCUACUGCCACCUGGUGGUGUGUGGUAGCCAUGGGAGCACUCUGUGGUAUUGUCUUACUGCUAUCAGCGAUCGUGGAAGAACCUCCAAUAACCCUUGAUUAUGCGUUUUUCUCAGUCCUGGCACUGAUUUGCCAACAAUUUUUUGAAGAAGUUGAGGAUUUAAGGCGCGUAUCAUCAGCCCGUAAGUUAACGACAUUAGUAACUGGAUUUUCAUGCAUUCUCAUAUACAACUACUACACAAGCAGCGUUGUGAGCUGGCUCCUCAAUGGACCCCCACCCUCCAUCAACUCUCUGUGGGAACUCAUCGACAGCCCACUGCAGCCGGUUUUACAAGAUACAGGAUACUCAUAUUCAUGGUUACAGAUGCCGGAUUAUUAUUAUAACAAAAAGAACGCAAAAGCCGAAGAUGAAAUGAAGAAAAAAAUAUUAAGUGUGAAGAAGAAAAUAAAUAAUAUUUUGAUAUCAGUGAACGAUGGUAUUGAUUUAGUUAGGCAAGGAGGUUACGUGUACCAUACUGAUGUGAACAGCGCAAAUAGCAGGAUAUCUCAAACAUUUACACAAACGGAACUGUGUGAUUUGGAUUCAUUGAAUUCAAUGGAGAAAAACGUAUUGUACCCAUGUGUACAGAAGCAUAGUCCGUAUAGAGAAUUUUUUAUUUGGAGUCUAUCUCGUCUCAUGGAAAGGGGUAUAAUACGAUGUAUACAACAACGGACAUGGUCUCAUGGCGUGAAAUGUGAAGGCAGUUCCCCGAGAGCUUUAGCUUUAGGAGGUGCUGCUCCAGCAUUCAUACUCCUAGCAGCUGGAUAUAUUUUAGGGACGGUCAUCAUGUUAUUUGAAAGGUAA